AGGGAUUCAGUUCUCAGUUCAGACUUGAAUGGCCAUUCACUGCCUGGAUGUGUGGAGGUAUCUUUCAGAUGAAGGUAUUGAAGCUUGCACAAGUUCUCCUGAUAAAUUCAAUCUAAAUGACAUCAUCCUGAUUGCUCUCAAUACAGACUUGAGAACAAUUGGCAAGAAAUUCCUCCCCAGUGACAUCAAUGGUGGAAAGGUAGAAAAGCUUGAAGGUCCAUGUGUUUUGCAAAUUCAGAAAAUUCGCAAUGUUGCUGCACCAAAGGACAACGAAGAGUCUCAGGCUGCACCAAGGAUGUUGCGGCUGCAGAUGACUGAUGGUCAUAUAAGCUGCACAGCAGUAGAAUAUAGUUAUAUGUCAAAAAUAAGCCUGAACACCCCCCCUGGAACUAAAGUUAAGCUCUCAGGCAUCGUGGAUAUAAAAAAUGGAUUCCUACUCCUGAAUGACUCCAACACCACAAUUCUGGGGGGGGAAGUGGAACACCUUAUUGAGAAGUGGGAGCUACAGAGAAGCUUGUCAAAACACAAUAGAAGCAAUAUUGGAACUGAAGGUGGACCACCUCCUUUUGUGCCUUUUGGACAGAAGUGUGUGUCUAAUGUCCAAAUGGAUAGCAGAGAACUUGAUCGAAGGAAGACCCUGCAAGUUACAAUGCCUGUCAAACCCCCAAGUGAUAAUGAUGAAUUUGAAAAGCAAAGGACUGCUGCUAUUGCAGAAGUUGCAAAGAGCAAAGAAGUUGAUGAGAAGGCUCUGAAGCACAUAACAGAAAUGGGCUUUAGUAAGGAAGCGUCAAGGCAAGCUCUUAUGGAUAAUGGCAACAACUUAGAAGCAGCACUGAAUGUACUUCUUAACAGCAAUAAACAAAAACCUGUUUCGGGUCCACCUCUGAGAGGCAAAGGAAAAGGCAGGGGACGAAUAAGAUCUGAAGAUGAAGAAGAACUGGGAAAUGCAAGGCCAUCAGCACCAAGCACAUUAUUUGAUUUCUUGGAGUCUAAAAUGGGGACUUUGAGUGUGGAAGAGCCUAAAUCACAACCGCAGCAGCUUCAUCAGGGGCAACACAGAUUGUUGAAUACUGAGCAAAAUGGAAUAAAAGACAGUAAUCAAACAAGAUAUCUUCCUCGGAAUGAUACCAGACAGCCAAGAAAUGAAAAACCCCCUCGUUUUCAAAGAGACACCCAAAAUUCGAAGUCAAUUUUAGAAGGCAGUGGAUUGCCUAGGAAUAGAGGCACUGAAAGACCAAGUACUUCUUCAGGAUCUGAAGGAUGGGCUGAAGAGAGAAUCAGAUGUGAUAGACCCUAUUCUAGAUAUGAUAGGACUAAAGACACCUCAUACCCUUUAGGUUCUCAGCACAAUGAUGGUGCUUUUAGAAAAAGAGAUAACUCUAUGCAAAACAGAUCAGGAAGAGGUCCAGCCUAUGCAGAGGCAAAAGAAAAUCCACUUCCUCAAGAAUCCAUAGAUUAUAAUAAUCAAAAACGUGGGAAAAGAGAAAACCAAACAGCAAAUCCUGAUCAUUUUUAUGACAGGAAACCACGAACAAUAAAUAAUGAAGCUUUCAGUGGUGUAAAAAUUGAAAAACAUUUUCCUAUAAAUACUGAUUACCAGAAUCCUGUCAGAACUAAUAGUUUCAUUGGUGUUCCAAAUGGAGAGACAGAAAUGCCACUGAAGGGAAGGCGCAUAGGACCUAUUAAGCCAACAGGACCCACCACAGCCACACCCUAUGAUGAUAAAGUAUUUUAUAAUAGUGGUCCCAAAAGAAGAUCUGGGCCAAUUAAACCAGAAAAAGUACUGGAACCAUCUGUUCCUAUGGAGUAUGCAAAACUGUGGAAACCUGGAGAUGAAUGUUUUGCACUUUAUUGGGAAGACAAUAAGUUUUACCGAGCAGAAGUUGAAGCUCUCCAUUCUUCAGGUAUGACAGCAGUUGUUAAAUUCAUUGAUUACGGAAACUAUGAAGAGGUGCUACUAAGCAACAUCAGGCCCAUUCAAACAGAGGCAUGGGAGGAAGAAGGAACCUAUGACCAAACUCUUGAGUUCCGUAGAGGAGGUGAUGGCCAGCCUAGGAGGUCCACUCGGCCAACCCAGCAGUUUUACCAACCACCCCAGGCUCGGAACUAAUAUGAAAAGAGUCUUUGUGAAGAAAGGAGCAAUUGGCAGGAACAUCCUGGUCAAAACCUCUUGAUAGACCUUCUAAUUUCCCUUCAGAAUAAGAUGCAGCCAUGGUGGAUAUUAUUAUUUCAAGAAUGAAAAAGCAGAUUUGAGGGGGGGGAAUGCAAGUGAAAGAAUUUUUUCUUCUGCCAUCAAUAAAAUCAGUGCGCUAUUACA